GGCUGAGGCGGGACGGCGGCGGCGGGGGACGCUGCCCCUGGAAUCCCCGGCAGAGAUGCUGGCGGAAAACCUGGUGGAGGAGUUUGAGAUGAAAGAGGACGAGCCGUGGUACGACCACCGGGACCUGCAGCAAGAUCUCCAACUUGCUGCUGAGCUUGGGAAGACAUUACUGGAUCGGAACACAGAGUUGGAGGAUUCUCUUCAGCAGAUGUACACAACCAAUCAGGAGCAGUUACAGGAAAUUGAGUAUCUGACCAAGCAGGUGGAGCUUCUACGGCAAAUGAAUGAACAGCAUGCAAAAGUUUACGAACAAUUAGAUAUCACAGCAAGGGAACUGGAAGAAACAAAUCAAAAGCUAGUUGCUGAAAGCAAGGCCUCACAGCAAAAAAUUCUGAGCCUGACUGAAACAAUUGAAUGUCUACAAACCAACAUCGAUCACCUCCAGAGCCAAGUGGAGGAGCUGAAGUCAUCUGGCCAAGGGAGAAGACAGGGGAAAUGUGACCAGGAGAAAUCUGCACCCAGCUUCUCCUGUCUGAAGGAACUAUAUGACCUCCGCCAACACUUUGUUUAUGACCAUGUGUUUGCUGAGAAGAUCACUUCCUUGCAAAGUCAGCAAAGCCCUGAUGAGGAAGAAAACCAGCACUUGAAAAAGACAGUGACAAUGUUGCAGGCCCAGCUGAGUCUAGAGCGGCAGAAGCGGAUGACCAUGGAGGAGGAGUACGGGCUCGUGCUGAAGGAGAACAAUGAACUGGAACAGCAGCUGGGGGCCACGGAUGCCUACCGGGCGCGGGCGCUGGAGUUGGAGGCUGAGGUGGCAGAGAUGCGGCAGAUGCUGCAGGCUGAGCAUCCUUUUGUGAAUGGGGUUGAGAAGCUGGUGCCAGACUCUCUGUUUGUUUCAUUCAAAGAGCCCAGCCAGACCCUGCUGGAGGAGUUGUUCCUGACUGUGCCAGAGGCACAUAGAAAGCCUCUCAAGCGCAGCUGCAGUGAGACGGUCCUUAGCAGUUUGGCAGGGGGUGACAUUGUGAAGGGCCACGAGGAGACCUGCAUCAGGAGGGCCAAGGCUGUGAAGCAGAGAGGCAUCUCCCUUCUGCAUGAAGUGGACACUCAAUACAGUGCUCUGAAGGUGAAGUAUGAAGACCUGCUGAAGAAGUGCCAGCAGGAACAGGACUCUCUGUCCCACAAGGCUGUGCAGACCUCCAGGGCUUUGGCCAAGGACCUGAUGGGUGUGAACACCCAGUCUGAAUCCAGUGCCAGCAGCUGGGAACCUGCCUCUGUUACCCCAGAGCCCAUCAGUUCUCCCAGUACCACGGCACCACCAGAAUACAAAGCACUGUUUAAGGAGAUCUUUAAUUGCAUUGAGAAAAGCAAGCAGGAAAUAGAUGCACAGAGAACAAAAUACCGCUCUCUCACUCCUUAUUCCUAAAUGAGUCUCCAACUCUACUACUGACUUACCUGUGUCUUUACCAACCCUCUCCCAUUCAGACUUCAGAGGCUGAUGUUGCUCAUGAUAUAUGCUUCAUUGCUUUGCUUAUGUAGCAAAUUCAGACAGCGAGAAAACUGUUGUCAUUUCUACAAUUCAGUUCCUUUUAAGUGUUGUAGGAAAUCCCAUGAUAAAUUGGCCUCUGGGCUGGCGCACUCAUUAGGCUGCAGUUCCUAGAAACACCUUAGAGCCAGUUGAGGGACAUCCAUGCUCCUGGAGAAAUUGGCUUGGAGUUACUGUAGUGGGGGAAAAGGGCAGGGUUGGAACAAAGCUAAGCAAUUCCUAUUGCCUCCUUGCUCAACUUCUCAAAACUUUGUAGAAGUCAGGGUUGCCAAACCGAAAUAUCUUUUGCAAACACUGUUGGAUACUGUGAAUUCAUUUUGGAAGAAUGUUCAAGAGAAAGUGGGAGUCUAAUCCAGAAUAAAUGACAAUUCCAAGCCCUCAAGUUUUGUUAUAUCCACCAAUUGAGUUGUGACUGACAGAUAAUCCUAAUAUAUCCAAAUCCAUCUGAAUACCAAAUUCAAAUGGCAAGCUUUGGUUUGAUCAAAGCUUAUUAGUAUAUGUCCUAGAGGGCUUUCCACCCUCUUUAUUCAAAUGUUUUACUCAAAGCUACAGCCUUUAGGAUAGGUGACUGUGUAAAUCUUUCAUUCCUUUCCCAAAUUUAAGCUAAAGGAGAAAGAUCAAAUCCCUUCCGCCCCCAGAUGUGGUCUGGCUGGCCAGCUUGCCUGCUAGAGCCACUCCUGCUCAGUUCUUCGAAUUCCUGUAAAUGGUUUUGACUUGCUGCAGGAUUUCCCACCUGCUACUUUACUAAGCAGUGUUGAUGUUCUAACUGUGGAAAUACACUUACUCUCAUUUGCAUACUUUUAAUUUAAAACUAUUUAAGAGAACCGAGGUUCUGAUUAUUGUAUAUAUUUUUCUAAAAGCCAAAUAAAGCUACCUGUGAAAAUGG